UUACUCGUUCUUCCCCAAAUUUACUUAAACAAAGAUCAAAACUUUUUUGGUAUUACAAAUCCAAAUGGACCCCGACAUUUCGCGGUGGCUUGCGGAAUUCCAACUCCGGAGUUCCGCCCCCAACUCCGUCGUCGCCGACUUCCUUAAGUCCCUUAACCUCUCCAAACCCGAUAACAAACUUAAGAAAACCCUCCUCCUCCGCAUCCUCCAAUCCGAAAUCACCAAUGCCUCAAUCACCGAAGAGGCUCUUGAGGUACUCGAGGAAAUCGAAGCCAUUGACGGAAACGACGCCGUUCCGCUCCUCGAUUUCAUGCGCACAGCCUACUGCGCCAUCGCCGUCGAAUGCACAGUCAAGUACCUCUCCGCCACCUCCGACGGCGUUCCCAGCAAGGAGUACUUAGCCGCCAUGGCGCGUAUCUGGUUUGGGCGCGUGCUGAAAUUGGAACAUAGCCGGAGCAAGCUGUUCUCUUACGAGCUUGCACAGUGGAUGGAGAACAUCGAGGCUGCAGUUGUUGACACCGAGAUUUAUCAGAGGUUGGCGAAGUUGAAUACGCGAUACGAUGCGUUUUCCGCGGUUAGGGUUUAUCUGCAGAAAGUUUGGGAAACAAUGGGGCCUUGUUUUCUUGACACGUUAGCGGAAAUGACAUUUAAGGGCAUGAAGAAAGAAUCGGCAAGUAGGGUUUUGUUGAUGGAGGGUGUGGGGUUGAAUGGUGGACAUGAGGGGAAGGAACAGUUGGAAGAGAGAGCUGAAGGUUCUGUUGAUGGAACCCAGGAGCCUGCAAAGGGGGAAAAAGCAAGCCAGAAAGGUGAUCCUCAACUUCAACGCAAGCUCCCUGCAUUUCUUAGAUGCCAUAGAGGAGUUAAUAAAUCUAUUGCUGAGGAAUUGGGAACAGAACAUUCAGGGAGCAAAAAUGGUACCAAGUUUAGUGCUGAAGUUAAAGUAGCUGAGGAAUCUCUUCCUGAGGCAUUGAAUGUAUCUGAUGCUGUUGGAUUGAAACUUGCACAGAAAGGUAAAAAUCAAGAAGGACUCAUGGAAAACAUGAGUGGGGAUGUAGAUAUGCCCAACUUAAAUACUUCCAGGGCUAUUGUUCUUUUUCAACCUAACGAUGCCGAUCAUGAGAAGAAGUCUUCUGUUCAUCAUAGUAGAGUUCAAGUUCAAUGUUCCAAUUUAAUGGAGGAGAACAGCACUGCUCAUGAAAGCCCCAAUUUGAUGGAGCAAAACAGCACUGCUCAUGAAAUCCCCAAUUUGAUGGAGCAAAACAGCACUGCUCAUGAAAUCCCCAAUUUGAUGGAGCAGAACAGCACUGCUCAUGAAAGCCCCAAUUUGAUGGAGCAGAACAGUACUCCUCGUAGGUAUAAGAGGGAUAAUUCAAAAGGUAAUCCCACUGGAGUGCAACUAAGAAGGAAGAAAAGAAGAUGGUCUCCAAUGGAAGAGGAUGCACUAAGAAUUGGUGUGGAAAAGUUUGGCUCAGGAAACUGGAAAGCAAUUCUGAGUCUUUACAGGAACAUAUUUGAAGAUAGAAAAGCAAUUGAUCUGAAGGACAAGUGGAGAAAUAUGAUGCGGUACUGAAUAGUAAAUACUGAUGCAGAUGAAUUUUUUGAGCAUGCAGAUGUCUUAGGGAGGACAUGUUCUUUUGCAGCAGCAGAUCCUUUGGAACCAUCUCUAGUUGUCUUCACCUCUAUUUUGCAUUUUGUCCCACCAAUCUAACAUGCUUGUGUUUACAUAGUUGGUAACAUUCAAACACCAGGUUUUAUAAUGUGCAAGAGAAUGCAAACAUCGAAUCUAGUUAUCAAUAACAUUUUGUUGAUAUAUAUAUAUAUAAGUAACAACUAUUGGGGUGGUGUACAUACAAAUCCAUUGCAAUGUCCAUAUAAUAGAAUCAGAACUAUUGAUUAUGCUUUCAGUAUGUCUUUUAUGGCCUGAUUGGACCAACUUGAUAUUAUUGUCCUAUGCGAUAACUUUUUUUGUUGA